AUGCAACACGGCGAUUACACCUCCAUCCCCUACUACCAGCAACAGCAAUACCCGCAAACCCAUAACCCGAACCCGAUCGACGAUCUAACUCACUACCCACCGCCGCCGCCGUCUUAUGCUUCCGCACCACCCGUCUCCCCCAACAAUUACACCCCUCCUCCUCCUUCCUCCGCCGAUCACUCCACCACCUCUUACCAGCACAAUUCUUCAUCUUAUCCUCACUUUCCACAAAAUCUCGAUCCUCUCCCUACAGCGCUGUCGUUUCAAAAACCUCAACCUUCUUAUUCUUCUCCCCAGUUAGAAGUCCACGGGCAAUACUCAACCCCGCCAUCACAGCUACCGCAACAGCAGUCGUAUUACUCAUCUUAUGAUCAGCCCGCAGCCAAUUAUUCCCCAAGCCAUAAACCUGUUGGACCCAAUUCACAAUAUCCUUCUCUGUAUACCUCUCAGUUUAAUCAAUCUUAUCCGCCAGGGAAGCGAUCUGAGAGUGGCUACGGUGGCUAUGGGAAGAAUGAUUGGGGUUUUGGGAACAAUGAAGGGGUUUAUGCUUACAAAAAGAGUAGCUCAGAGCCUUAUGGGGCUCGGGGAACAGCUCCCAAGUCGUCGACUUUGUCAGGUUUUGAUGAUUUUGGGAGGCCAAUUGGGCAUUCUUCUCCUUCAGGGAAGGAGCGGUCAACAAAUACAGGGUUGAAGGUUGUGAAGGCAGUUCCGAAGGCGGAUUCACAGCAGGAUACGAAGGGUGGGGUUCAGAAGUACAGAGUUAAGUUAUUAGCAGAAAGUGCUGGUCAGAGCACCAUGGACGUUCUUUGUCAGAUUGGCUUGGAUGGAAUUCGUAUGCUUGACCCAGCGACCAGUCGGGUUCUUCGAAUUUAUCCUCUCGACACAAUAACUAGAUGUGAAGGUUUUGAUUCUUCAACAUUUGCUUUUUGGUCAAAGAGUUCUGUUGACAUUGAACCAAAGCGUAUCAGACUGCAGUCAAAUAGUUAUACCACCAAUACCAUUUUAGAUACAGUUACUGCUGCAACUGUACAGUUUAAGGAGAUGGGUGGAAGAAUCCGUCCUUCUGAACAACCAACUGAGAAGAGGAGAGGCUUUGCAGACUGGAUGAAUAGAAUAAAGCCUGUUAAUGAGGAGAAAGAUCACUGGGUUCCUGAUGAAGCUGCAACAAAAUGCACAGGCUGCGGGACAGAUUUUAAUGCUUUUGUGCGCAAGCAUCACUGCAGGAAUUGUGGAGAUAUUUUUUGUGACAAGUGCACUCAAGGCAGGACUGCUCUUACAGCUGAUGAGAAUUCUCCGGUUGUUAGAGUUUGUGACCGAUGCUUGGCUGAAGUUUCGCGGAGGUUGAGCACUGCUAAAGAUUCUGUCAGCGGAUCAACUGGAUUGCUAAGUCAUGAGGAUCUUGCAAAAAAGCUUCAGUGUGGUUCUCAGAAUAGGAUGGAUUGGUUUUGUUCCACUGUUGAUAUCUUUCGCUGUUUUUUUACAGGAGGAGAUGGAAAGAAACCACAAGGCAUCAUCAGGCUCCAGGUCAGAGGGUUCUGGAAGGAGAUGAAAGAGGUUGCCUGCCCUACUUGUACAGUCCAUUUGCAGGUUCAAGUUCCCAGUUCAGGCUCCGAGACCAUAGAGUGCGGGGUUUGCCAGCAUCCUUUCCUUGUCAGUUCUCACUGA